GUUUUUUAUUAUGUCUCAGCAUACAAAUUUGAUUUCUAAACUUAAUGCACCAGAGCAAAUACAUGUUACCAUGUUACAUUUGUAUCAAAUUAUUUAAGAAGAGAAAUCCACAGGUUAACAGUGAGAAAUUGGGAGGGGCAAAAAAUGAAGACACUUUUCUCUUUCCCGGGAAGACUCAGAAUCAUAACUCAAACCACUCUGUGAAAUAAAUCUUUUGUACUUUUUUGUAUGAAUAACUGGAAAUGCAACAGUUUGAAGUGUAAAAGCAUCCUAGCACUCAGCUAAACUUUGCCUCUUCAAGAUACAUUAUUUUUACUUAAUUUUUUUACUUAAUUGUUUUAGUAAUACCACAACACAGCUGCAGAUGUACUGUAGCCAGCUAUACUUUUGUGUAUUACCCAAGGUGCAGUCCAGGUUUAGAAUACCAAUUUGUGACAGUAGUCUGAGACCUGGCAAGUUGCUGAAAUGGACAGUAAAUUGUGAUUUCUUAACUCGUAGGUGAAAGAGUGUGUUUCAGAAAAUUUUGUGCAUGCUGUUGUCUUAAUACUGUGAAGAAAACAAAUCUGUGUCUUUAGUGAAUGCCUGCCACCAGGUUAAUAACAUACACCUUGAGAGGUAGUUAUCCUUACAUUUGUUCACAGGCUUCCUGUGCCCCCUUUUUUACUUGUCUGCAGCCUUUAAAUAUUUUCCUUGGAAUUCAACAAAUCGAGAGUGUUAGCAAGAGUGAGUACAUCUUUCAUCAUCCCAUGUAUCACAGCGGUAUUAUUUUUUGUCAUAUUGUUUACUCAUUUAUGGUAUUCAGUGAUUCCUAAGUACCAUUAUAGUAAGAACAGACUUGAUGUUAGUGGGAGGAUAGAGUGUUGUAGGAAUUAUAUAAUAAGAUCAGAUUUACCAGGAAUGCAGUUUGAAAUGUCCUUAAGCCUUUCGGCUUUUCUUGUGACUGGACUGUUUGAAUUGUCCUUGAGCAAUUCUGCUUCUCUUGUGACUGGAACUUUUUAUACAAACUGAGUGGUUUCUUUUGUCACUCUUAAGUGAGUUUAUUCCUCCUGUGAUGUGUUAAAAUGCCAUCUGCAGUACAAGACUGACUUGAAAAAUUGUGGUCAGAAAGUUUCUAGAAGUUGCAAUUGCAUUUGUGUUGAAUAAUGAAGAAUGUGUGCAUAAAUCACAACUUCUCAUAUCUCAGGACAGUGCUGCAGAGCCAGCAGCCUUCUCAAAGCUGGAUCCUGGGGUUUGUCCAUGUACGCAUUUGGCAGUGUUUUUUUCACCUUGUCUCCUUCAGAAGGCUUGUCACUUGAAUAGCAGUGCUACAAUUAUGCUCAGCCUGUAAGUAGGGUGGAUCUUUUGGUUUUGAAAACCAUUCUCUAACAAAAAGCUUCAGUUAAUAUUUACAUGUGCCACUCCUAUUUUGAGAUGAUUGUACUAGAUUUUACAGUAUCUCACCAAACCUCAUUGUCACAGGUAGGUGAAAAGUGGAAGGGGGGGUGUGAUUCUGUCUUUUCAAAUCAUUAGGUUGACAUAACUGAAAAGCGUUUGUGCUUGCCACAGCUUCCUCUGAGCAAAUGCCAAUUUCCUACUUCAGCUGCUAGCAGCAGAACCCAAAACAAAUCAGGUGUCUGGGACCACGAUCAUGGCAGUGAAGGUGGACUCCAAACAAUAUGUUCUUGCCAAGUACCUGAUGGAGUUGUGCAUUGUGGACUAUGAUAUGGAUCACUUCCCUCCAUCCAGGAUUGCAGCAGCUGUUUUCUGUUUGCCUCUGAAACUCCUCAAUGGAUGCGAGUUGCCUGCGGGACCAGAUGAAGCAGCAGCUCAUGGAGUACAGCGCGGCCGUUCGUGGCGGUGAAACAACUUUCCUCGAUCAGGUUGUUGAGGAAAAGCAUAUUCAGGGUGUCACAGAAGAUUUGCAAACAAAUAAAGAGGAAAUACAAGUCACUUUCUGGAACAAGACAUUGGCCUUGCAAAGGAUCCAGCUUAUGGCUGCCCUAAGAAACAAAGUGAAUCAAGAUGAUAAAGACUCAUGUCUGAUCCUGGAAACAGUGAAUCGCAUAGUGUUGCUCAGCCGGACAAUAAUCAAAUAUCAGCAGCUAGCACAUGAGAAGAAACAGAAGUUGAUUGACAUUAAAAGGAAAAGACUCGCACUAAAAAAAGACCAAAGAAGAAAACUACAGCAAAUUCAGACUAUGAAGAAAAAACAAAAGAAGGAAAAAGGAAAUAAGAACCUGGAUGAAGCAAAGAUGCUUCAGAACUUAGAAAAAGAAAGAUUGAUGACUACAGUAAUUCAAAAUGUGUUUCAGAAUAUCAUAAUUGGAAGCGGAGUUAACUGGGCAGAAGAUCCGUCUUUAAAGGCGAUUGUUCUACAGCUCGAAAAAAAUGUCCAUCUUCCAUGAAUCAGAAGAAAUGGUGUUUAAUUUUAUUUGCAUUUUAAUAUAUUAAUUAAUAUUAAUUA